AUGGCUGUUUGUGCUGGUAAGCAUGGGUCCGUUGGCAAUCCUAACUAUAGCUGGUUGAACCAGUUGGCUAGCAACCCCAAAACGGUCCAGUGGUGGGCACCGCUCCACUACAAUUCGCGCAGGAAUGCUUUGCCAGCUGAAGAGCAAGGACGAUUGAAGAUUCCAGUCGUUCCUCUGCCUAAUGCAGCCCCCCUAGAGCGGCUGCAAUGCCAUGUACCACAAGCCUUCCGCCUCAGUAUGAAGAUUUUGUCUUACAAUGUGCUCUCCCUAGUGGAUCCCCAGUUCUCUGACCAAAGAGGACGUCGAGGGGGCAAUAAGAGUGGAAGAAUUGAUUUGCAAUUUCAUCAGGGAGGUGUCACCGUUGCAGGGUUGCAAGAAGCUCGAAUGAGCGAAGGUUGUUCCAAUACCGAGCAUUACCGAAUCUUUAGCUCGGGUGCGCGCACCGAUCAAAAUGCGAAUCUGUUUGGAUGUGAGCUAUGGUUUCACCGAUCACGAUCCUGGGUGCAGAACAGCAAUAUCGGUGUUGGCCAAUCCAAGUUUGUCGUAUUGGUCUCCAAUCCUAGGUUAUUGCUCAUGCGAGUUGAUAUCCCACUUGGGAUCUGGAUUUUCGGCUCUGGACAUGCUCCUUGUUGGGGCACUGCUGACUCGCAUAGUGAAGUUCAGGAGUGGUGGACCGCUCUGGUUCAAGAGCUGCGGAAAGCACCAGACGAUGCCAAGAUUUGCCUUUUCCUGGAUGCCAAUGCCACUCUGGGUGGCCAGUCGGACGAUUUGAUUGGAACGGCAGGCAGUGAGGCGCCGAAUGGUGCAACGCCUUUGUUUGAACAAUCGUUACAGCAAUUGAAAUUGGCAUGCCCCGCCACCUGGGAAGGCAUUCAUGUGGGCCAGCAUGGCACGUGGAGGCACCCCCGUGGACAAUGGAAACGCAUUGGUUAUGUGGUUCUCUCGCUGGAUAUGGGGGCUUGGGUUCAGAAAUCCUCCUGUUGGAAGUCCUUUGACGGAGGUUUUGCGCACGAAGAUCACACUCCAACUGUGACUGAGAUGGAUGGCUGGAUUUAUGUGCAACAGCCAACUCGCUGCAAGAUUGAUCGCAGUCAGUGUGGUGUAGCAGACAAGAUUGCGGUUUUCCAACGGAAGUUGCAGGAGUUGCCCAUCAUCCCUUGGCGAGCUGACAUUGAUGAACAUGCAGCUUGGCAAAGGCAGCGCAUUCGCAGUAUAGCUGAGGAAGUGUUUGCCCCUGUGGCUAAGUCCAAGCAACCCCCAUGGAUGUCUGCUACCACCCAAAUACUCAUCAGUUGGAAGCGGGCGCUACUUUCCAUGUGUCGGACUACUGAAUCUCCGUUGCGGAGAGAUAUCGUGCGGCAAGAGUUGCGUGCAGAUGAAAAAGAAGUCCGCAAAGCCUGUCUUUUGGAUCGGCGUGCCUUCUUUCAUCAGGUUGUGUUAGAUCUCGAGGAGGCGGGGUUGUCAGGAAAUAUCAAGGAGGUUAUGCACAAGCUUAUGUUGCUUGGUAGGAAACGCAAAGGUGCAGCGGCAUCCAAAGCUUUGCCAAUGCUGCAUGCAGAUGACGGGGAAGUGCUUCGAUCCCAUGAAGAGCAACAAGCCGCAUGGUUCGAUCGGUUUGCGGUAGUUGAAGCUGCUCAGAAAGUCACGGACGAUCAGUUGCAGGCUGCGCACUUGAGCACUGAAGGUAGCCAGUGUUUGAUCGCCCUAGAUGAUAUGCCUACCCUAGAUCAAGUCAAAUCUCGCAUCCGCAAGCUCAAAUCCGGCAAAGCACCAGGGUUAGAUCAGAUUCCAAAUGAAGUUAUCAAAGCCGGGGGCGAAGUUAUGGCAAAAAUGUUGCAUGAGCUUUUCGUCAAGGCAGUCUGUGCAGGUAGAGAACCGCUGGAAUGGAAGACUGGCACAUCAGUGCCAUUGCACAAGAAAGGUCCGGUGACGAAUCCUGACAACUAUCGUGCCAUAUUUUUGUCAGACACCAUUGCUAAGCUUGCGCAUGGGUGUCUCCGGGACCGACUAUGCAAGACGUAUGAGAAACUUGCAAGUCCUGCAUGUUUCGGAGGUAGAGCUGGUACGGGCACAGACUUUGGUCAUCAUGUGGUUCAGAGUAUGGUGUCCUGUGCGACCGGUGCGCGUCUGCCCUCUGCGCAUGUGUUUCUCGACUUGCAUUCUGCCUUCUACCAUGUGCUGCGUCAAAGCCUGUUUGGUCAUAGGCUCACUGAUGAAGCUCUGUGUUCUUUCCUGAGUCAGCACGGAGUGUCGCCUGAUGAAUUGCAGGAGUGGGAGCAGCAGGCCCAAGCGGAUUUUGCCCUUGCUGACCAAACUCCAGCAGUGCAGCAGUCCACAUUCGAUGCAUUUCGGCAGGCACAUUUCACCGUGCGGGGUCUGUCUUAUGCAGGCCGCACAUCACGUGGCACUCGACCAGGUGAUCCGAUUGGGGAUAUCACCUUUAAUAUCCUCAUGCAGUUGUUGUUGAAAGAAGUCAGGGCCCAAUUCAUACAAUUGGGGGUCUGUGAUUGGCUAGCAUGUCCGCAGCAGGCAGGGCAGUUGGGGCAGUCGCAACCUGCCUUUGUUGAUGUUGCUUUCUUCGAUGAUGCUGCUUUCUGUAUUGUGGCAAGAGAUUGUCAUCCAGUUUUGACGCUUGCUGCACAGGCAUUGGCCAUCCUCAGUGAUGCAGCGCGAAAGAGAGGCAUGAAUAUCAACUUUAAGCCAGACAAAACAGAAAUUUUGUUGGCAUGUUCUGGGCCGGGCUCGAGAGCAAUAAAGAAGCGCAUUCACAUUGAGCAAAGUGGAUGUAUUCCUGUGGUGCUGGAGCAUUCAGUCGAGAACGUCAGGAAUGAAGAUCUCCGCAAGCUGCAGCAUGCGUUUCGUGAUAUGAUCAAGCCAUUAGUCAAACCGAUGCUAGCUGGGCAUGAGGCCCAUGCCUUCAAGACUGAAGAGCUUGCAGCCUUUUGUAAUAUGCUUGAGCCUGCGCAGCAAAUCACUGUCAAUAGGCUUAGGAUUUUGCUGGAAAUCUUUCCGCCUUUACCUGUUGCGGUGGUGGAAGAGCUAGAUGAAGCAGAUCGGUCAUCGGAGUUGGCGGAGGGCCGCCGUGUGAGCCUCCAUCUGGCCUUGAAUGCAGCCCUGGCAGAAGCUUUUCACAGCUUUGUGUACCGGCUGAGUCCGGACAACGCAAAUGCUGGGCUGCCAGAGGAGUCACAGCUCGCGGCUGGCCGACGAGACAGCCGAGACAGCCAAAAGACGUACGCCUUGCCUUUCUCCCAAAGAGUGCUCAUGUUCCACCGGCUAGUCAUGGCAUACUCCCUCGAUCCGCCUGGCUGGGCGCCGCCCGACCCGGCGUGAACCUGAGAAGGCAGUGAAUCGAGACCAGGACCUGGACCCGACGGACGGUUCCGACCAGCACCGGGACAUGACCCGAAGCAGCAACUGGUUUGAAGCCGUGACACAUGCAUGUUCUGAGGUACGAACAGGACGACUCCAGGAUACUAGACUGGUUGAAAUCAAGACUUUGAAUGCUUUGACCUGAGAGUCCAUUCAUGACACACUCCAAACCCCACCCUUGCAGAACCCGGCCUGGUAGUGGUGGAUGGAUGGACUUCCAGAUGGGGUAACCUCAAUGAGUCAUUGGAAGUUCUGGGGAUUGAUGAAUGAUUUUUCAGCUGAGACUGUUCAAGACGGGUUGGGGAAAUCCAAG